GUAAUAAUAGUGUUUGAAAUUUGGAACACAGAGUGGAGCAGAGAAAUUGAUGGGCUGGACCGUAAUGUUGGCAUUGGGAUGGGCUGUAAUCAGCUGUGUGACGGUGUUCUAGAGCGGGUUCACAUCUAUACAUCUCCGCCCUCCAUCUCCUUCUCCUCUCAUCCGACGGUCAAAUUUUAUUGUUAUUAAUACUCCAUAAUGAUUGUUAUUACGGAGCAUUAAUUGAUAUAUAUUUAUAUCACCACUCACGGGCCUGAUUUCCCUCCGUUUAUAGCGGAUUUGAUUGCCUCAUUGCUAUAUUCUUUCUAUUAUUAUUAUUAUUAUUUGAGGAAAUACUUUUUUGUAUUCUCUUGUUAAUUACUACUCCACUCCAUAAUCUAUAAAGCUUUUAUUUGUCAACUAGAAUUCACUUUUUAUCUUCACUUUUUCUUGUGUGGUUAUUAUUAUUAAGAGUAAGUCUAAAAUGACACUAGUGUUACUGAUUCAAUUCGUGAUUUGUAUAUGUUUGUAUAUGAAUGACGCGGAUGUUUCGAUAUCUUGGCUCGGUAAUUCAGGCUGAUGGGGAAUUAGACGGGGAUGUUGGACAUCGUGUUGGUGUGGCUUGGGCCAAAUGGCGGUUGGCUUCAGGGGUGUUGUAUGAUCCGAAGAUUUCGCCCAGGAUAAAAGGUAAGUUCUACCGGUCCGUAGUCAGACCUGCUAUGUUAUAUGGGGCAGAGUGUUGGGCGGUUAAGAAGACUCAUGUGCAACGUUUGCUUGCGGCGGAGAUGCGGAUGUUACGAUGGAUGUGUGGGAAGACAAGGUUGGAUAGGAUUUCGAACGAAGUUAUCCGACGUCAGGUAGGCAUGGCGCCGGUGGAAGAUAAACUGCGGGAAGCGAGGUUGAAAUGGUUUGGUCAUGUAAGACAGCGGAAUGCUGACGCCCCUGUACGGAGAUGCGAGAGGAUUACGGUUGUCGGGGGAAGUAGGGGAAGGGGUAGACCUAAGAAGAAUUGGAAGGAGGUGAUUAGGCAGGAUUUAGGACUUCUCACCCUAACUGAUGAUAUGUCUUUAGAUAGGAACCUUUGGAGAACUAAGAUUAGAGUUGCCGGUUAGGGGCGCGGUGCUUCAGAGGCUUUUUGUAGUGUGUUUUGUUUGGUUGGAAUUUUUUGCUAUUGCUUGCAGGACAUUCAUUCUAUUGUACUUGGUGCUUUAUCUGUGUUAUACUGUGAUUCCUAUUGCUUGCAGUUCAAACUUAAACUCUCCUAAAUAGGAAUAAUUAACUUAAAAACCU